GAUGCAAACUUUUAUUUUGGUGACUAUGUGUUCCGAUUCAAACAAGCGUUGAAUUGAACCGGAGUCGAGUUCAAAAACAGUGGCGUUUGCACGACAAGUGUGCCAAAGUUUCGAAAAUAUGUGAAUCGCGGAAUAUUGUGCUUGAAUGGGAUGCAGAACAAAACGAAUGAACUAAUCGCCUACGACCCUGUGUACGAGUUGAUUGGUGCAUUAUUUGAGAUGACAAUGAUGGUCACCACACCCGUUCGGCAGUUUGUUACGUGUUUGCUAUCCGGAUUUUUUGUCGUCGGUCUUUUACUGAUCAUCCCAGCACUGCUUCAGACUGCGGCGGCAUAUGUCUGGGCAGCACAAGUUCGCAAGGAGUCUAACAUCCGCAUUGGUCAGCUCAGCUCGUCGACGGAACCAAAUCAGUACUCCAUCACCGAUUGCAGUGCGCAGUGUGAGACAUCCAACAUGACCAAGGACCAAGAAAACAUGGCUCGUAAACUGCUAUCUAAACAGGACCGCACACUAUUCUUGUACCGCCUGUUGGCUUGUUGUGCUUCCCUACUGGUACUCAUUUUCUCCACCCUACCACAGCUGGUGCUGGCUGUUGCGAAACCAGCUAGUCAGAAGAAUAUCGAUCAGAUGUGGGGAUGGUGCCAUGCUUUUGUCUACGCAGAUUACUCCACCCGCUGCUUUGCCACGUAUCUAAUAGUAAUCCCGUUUGGACUGAUGUUUUGGAACUAUCUGUUCAGUGAAAUAGUCCCACGACAACGUCUCCUCACAGAUAACGUGUUUAGUGUAAUUCUGUAUUCCUCUAUCCCUAUCGCCCUGUUCUCCUUUCUCGUCCCCAUUCCAAUUGUGGCUCGUCAAUUUACCCGCAUGGUCACCGAUGAUGGUUUGCUGUGUAACGCAGCACCAGACGGUUUGGUAGCUGCAAUCUAUGCAGAUUUUGUAUUAACCCGUAUCAUUCCUGCUAUGUGCGUAAUCGGUAUUGGAGCGGGUUUUCUUCGAUGGCUCUCUCGAGGCGAUUAUGGAGUGUUUUAUGAACCAGGGAUAUUCUUUCUCUUUCUGAUACCUCAUGUGUUCUGCGAAUUGCUUAUUCAUAUAUGUCAUCGAGCUCAUCUUCUGCACAAACUAGUUGAACCUCACUUCAGCAACUUCAUGCUAAUUACCUAUUCAUGUUAUCACAUGUCGUUCAGUUCAACUUUUGUACUCGCGACUCUCAGAUCCAUAGUGUCUGAAGUUCGGGAGGAGAUGCGGAAGCGUCAACUUAUUUUCUUAGAGGAAACUCCGGAGGAAAAUUCAGUCCACCUUCAUGGGACAAAACGACGCACGAAUUUAAUCCACGGGUUGCAGAAACAGUUUUCUGUCGCGUUUCGAUGGAAACCGGAUUUUACGGAAGAGGAGACCCAAACAAUCAUCAACAGUCCCGUGGCGGUGUUGUCGGGAGAACUGAUGCACCAGCUUAGACCAACAGUUGAAACCCUUGAAUGCGACGAAUCUACCUCGGCGAAUCCAGUAGAUGAUAAUUCCCCAGACAAUGUGGCUCUGCAUUACGCAAUUCUGCAACGGUCUGUCGGCCUUAAAAGACAAGGAGGAGCGGCCCCAGAGGAUGUCUGCUGAGCUUCUGGAUCUAUACUAAUACGCUUUCUAUACUUUGCGUCAAGCGGCACACUAUGAACGGCACAGCGCUGCACGUCUUCGUGAUCCAGCGGUUACGAGUAUCUUCUUCCAUGAUAUUCCCGAUCAACCCUAUGCGCCGUGAGACCGAAAACCAGAGGCAACUUUCAUACAGGCUGCCAGUAUACGCUUUGCAACUAUUGUACAAGAGUCGUAUGUACUCAGAUGUACGCAACGGCUUUUCGGUAGUCACGAAUGUCAUAAAACGACAUCCUACCGUACUGCCCAUGUCCAUAUAAUUGGUGGUCUGGUCAAGAAGAAAUAUAUUGAGUGUUUAUUACUGCG